AUGUCUCAAAAACCCAAGAAUAGGACUCAAAAUCUUGUAGCUAAGGGCUCGAAGACAGAGAUUCAAGAGGUUGAAGCUCAGGCGCCGCCACGACGAAGUCCGAGAAAAUUGCUUAGUCGGAGUCCAGCACCUAUCGGUCUGACAUCAAUAUCUGAUGAGGAAAAUUCAGAUGCUUUCGAUUCGUCAUCAGAAGCUCAUGCCGUACAAAAAAGCUCUUCACGAAAACGUCAGUCUGGUAAUAUCGGACAGUCCACGCCCAAAAAAAGGAAGCCAUCAACGCCUUCAAAGAGGUCAAAAUCAAACACACCAACUACACCAUCUCAAAAUCCAGAAUACGAUGAUGCGGCCUUCUCUACUGUCAAAAAGAGACAAGUCGGCUAUGAGCCACCAUCAGUGUAUGCCCAUCUUGCUCCUUUAACCGACAUUAUUGGUCCCAAUCUCCUCCUUCUAUUUAUUGGCACAAAUCCUGGGAUAUCGACGGCAACAGCAGGACAUGCAUAUGCAUACCCACAGAACAAAUUCUGGAAGAUUGUUCAUGAAUCUGGGAUUACACCUUACCAAUUCAAGCCUCAAGAGGAUAGGAAAUUGCUCGAUUAUAGUUGCGGGAAUACUAAUUUGGUGGACAGGCCGACUCCUAGUGUAGCGCAGCUGAGUGCCAAGGAACUUACUGCUGGGGUUCCAGGGCUGGAUGAGAAGGUUAGGGUUUGGAGACCAGAGGUCGUUUGCAUUGUCGGGAAGAUGAUUUGGGAUUCUAUCAGAAAAGUCAAGUAUGGAAAACCCGGGAAAGGUGAAGUCUUCAAAUAUGGAUGGCAAGAAGGUAUGAGAAUGGGUGAAGUAAAAGGUAAAGAUGGAUGGGAGGGAGCAAAAGUCUUCGUCGCAUAUAGUACUAGUUGCAUUAGUGCAUUACCACUAUAUCCUGUCAAGUUGGAGCUGUUGACGCAGAUUGGGGAUUGGAUCAAGGCUAGGAGGCGAGAGAUUGCUCAAGACACUGUUGCCGAGGAUGGCACUUCAUCUUAA